AUGGAGCAAUUACAACUCCCAGUAGAAUCUCGAUUGUUCGAACAAGAUGAGAAGGGUUUGGCUGAAAUGAUAGAACUAUUAGGAAUCGACGAUGACUUUUCGGGUAAAAGUAAGAUGCAAAGAACCAUCGUCAGCAAAAUGGUGGGCGAUGAAAAGGAAGCGCGAACGUGCCUCGAACAGUUACUUGCUUUUGUGACCGGCAUUGUACCGCCCCUCGUAGAGGUAGAGCAAACACCAGUAGCUUCAGGAGUAAAAACGGAGAAACAAUCUUCUGACGGAGUACCUAAACAAAUAAGGGGAUGGAAGAGGUAUUGAGCCAGUUAGUGAAAACUACGUCGGCGAACCAGGCGAACCAGGGCAAACAGAGAAACUAACUUUUGUUUCGUUAAUGCACCAAAUAGACUCAGGGCUAAACGUGAUUAAUAAGAAAAUGAAAUUGUAGAUGCAGUGAUUCGUGUCAUCUCACCACACAGUAGUCUUAGGAGCUAUGUUGAGACUCAGACUGGCUAAGCUACGAAGGAUCCUUCGUGUGCAUUAUAGAGAGAAAACAGCCUGAGAAGUAUAUCAGCAAUUGGCAACCGUAUGCCAACAAGGGAGUGAAUCCCCACAACAGUUUCUUCUCCGUGCGCUGGAUUUGCGUAACAAGGUGAAUUUUGCAAGCCAGGAGUCAGAUUGUGAGUUCAAUUAUGGCGCAUCCCUGAUUCAGAAAACCUUUGUAAAAUCAUUUGAAACUGGUCUUCGUGAUGACAUUCUUGCAUCUAACCUAAGACCCACCUUACGCACCUCAGAACUCACCGAUGAAGAGAUCAUGCGUCAAGUGAAUGAAUUAGCUUCGCAAACAAGCAGAAAGGAGUUCCAAGCUGCCUAGUGAACGCCAAAAGUCUGCCAAAGUUCAUGCAUGUGAGGUAGGCAAAGAAGAGAGAGAAGCAAGAGCUAAGAAUGCAACUACAGAUGGAGGUCAACAGUUUUUACUAGAGAUCCGUCAGAUCAAGUCAGAGAUAAAUGAUCUCAAGGAUCACGUCAAUCGCCGAGGGAGCCAAGCAGAAAAUUCUAACUGGCGUGGGCCAUCCUACAUGGGCCGUGCUUGUGGUUAUCAGCCAAAUCGUACAAGUUCUCAGAAUUGCAAGCAAGCAGAGGGGAAGAGGAGAUGA